UGCCCCGUGCAAGCAAUUGUAGUACAUGGGCUUUGUCAAAGCCCAAGUUCUCUCAAGUUGCAGCUUCCGUCUCGUCUUCACCUUCUCACUUGGCGAAUGUGAGAGCCUUAGGCAUUGCGGAUUCGAUCGCAAGGAGUUGGGUCCACAAGGUGUUGAAGGUCCAGAGGCGAUGUUGCGGGGAGGGUCUUGAGGGAGGGGCAUAGCAGAUGUGGGAGCGGGCUUUCGCAAGCUUAGGCUUUCAAUUCACCUGGUUGCACUCAUGGGUGCCAGUCCCAAGACGUCACUUUACGUCGGUGGUUUGGAGAAGAAUGUAACUGAGCAAGUCGUGCAUGCAGCUUCCAUCCCCUUUGGUGAUGUCAAGGAUAUUUCAAUGCCGUUAGACCAGGCUACACAGAAGCACCGUGGAUUCGCUUUCAUCACUUAUUUUGAGAAAGAAGAUGCGGCGGCCGCAAUGGACAACAUGCACAAUGGUGAAUUGUACGGUCGUGUUCUCACUGUAAAUUAUGCACAGCCUCAGAAAAUGAAGGGUGGAGAACAAGGGUGGGCCUCUCAAGCAGUGUGGGCGGACGCCGACACAUGGUUCGAGCGGCAGCAACAAGAGGAGGAGAUAAACCGUUUGAAUGUGGAGCACCAGGCGACUGUGAGUGCCGCCGAAGAAGCGGAUAGGAAGAAAUUACAAGAGGCACAAGAGGGGGAAACCGAACAAGGUGAUGCCGCCGAGGAUCCCAUGGCUGCAGCCGAAGCCGAAGCUCUGAAAGUCACUUGAAGAGAUUCCAUCUUGUUUAUUUUUUUAUCAAUGUAGAUGCAUUAUACGUCUUUGAAGUAGUCGGCAAGCAGUAAUGUCCAUGUCAGACUUGGAGGGAAAUACAACGCAUGGGCAUUUUGGAUGCUGCGAGAGCUGAAACUGUGAACGAAUGACGGACCUACAUUUGAAGACCUAUCCUUGACAGCCUGGAGUAGUAAAGUCCUCAUCAGCAGUCCUCAGGAAGCUGAUGGAGCUUAAUUUUCAGCUAUUCCAAGAACUCUAUCAUUCAAUGUCAACUAAGACUUUCACAUUGUAGUGCACUUGUAUACUCUUAUAGGUCUCAAAGGGUGACCGGAAAGGUGCUUCUUCCAUGGGCUGAGACUUCUGUUGCCGAGUGGUUUCUAUUUAGCUCCAUUGAUGAGCUUCUGAAAACUGUUACAACUGUCAUUUUGGAGAUAUUGCAGAAACAUCACACACGUGCUUGAUAA